AUGUCGAAGAUCGAUACCCAUCAUCACUUUGUGCCGCAGUUCUAUGCCGAAGCGGUCGAAAAUGCAGGAGGUGACCCCUCCGGCUGGCCAACUCCGAAAUGGAGCGCUGAAGCAUCACUGGCUUCUAUGAAUAAGAAUGGCACCCAGAGAGCGAUCUUGUCUUUAACAGCCCCCGGAGCUGUCAUCGCUCCGAACGACAACGGCCGGCGCGCCUUGGCCCGACAGGCAAACGAGUAUACGGCCCAAUUGAGGGACGAGCAACCAGAGAGAUUUGGGUUUUUUGCAGCAUUGCCGUGCCUACUAGACACCGAGGGCACACUCGAAGAAAUUCGGCACAGUCUAGAUGUACUCAAGGCUGAAGGUGUAACCCUAUUCACCAGAUACGGCACCGGAAAUCACUAUCUAGGUCAUCCGGACUUUCGCCCCAUUUGGGAGGAGCUCAACCGUCGCAGAGCCGUUGUGUUCAUCCAUCCUACCCACCCGGCUGAUACCAACCGUGUUAACCCUCAGCUACCUCAACCAGCCAUUGAUUAUCCCCAUGAGACCACUCGCACUGCUGUGGACCUUCUUACUACAGGAACAAAGGCGGCCUUUCCUGAAUGCAAAGUCAUACUUUCUCACGCCGGUGGCGCUCUCCCUUACCUGAUUUCUCGCUUGACUACCGUCACCAAAUUUCCCGAGGCGGAGUACAAACCCUAUAGUCGCGGCCCAGAGGAGAUGGUGGAAGACUUCAAGUCAUUCUAUUUUGACUUGGCUCUAUCCUGCUCACCGACUGUGCUGACUCUCCUACUGAGCCUUGUGCCUCAUGAUCACAUUGUAUAUGGUACCGAUUUUCCUUACGCCAAUAACAACAAAAUUGCUGGGUUCAAGGAGGCUCUGGAUGAGUAUCCUCUAGACCAAGACUUGAGGGACCGAAUCUACUACGCAAAUGCCCAGAAACUUCUCGCUCGUCACUGA